ACGGCCAAGUGGUGAACCCUACCAACCUCACACUCUUUCACUUCCCCAUUUUUCUCUCAUUCUCUGUCUACAAACACAACCUCUAGAUCUCCAUUUUCCACACAAAAUUUAUAAAUCUCCAAAUUCCCAUAACAUUUGUUUUUUCAAUUGUUAUUUUUUGCUCCCCAUCCAAAGUAAAAAUUAAAUCUUCUUCUUACAUGGAAGAAAAAUGGAAAGUUUCAAAAAAAGAAUCAUCUUCAUCAUCCUCCUCCUCCAAAUCAAUAUUUUCAAGAAGCGGUUCCACAAGAAGCACUUCCGCAAAAUUACCAUUACUAAGAAGCUUAUCCCAAAAACAACACACCCCUUCCUCCUCCGCCGGAAAGUCUCCGUCAGAUAAUCUCCGCCGCAGCUCUUCCCAAAAAAAUCCCUCUUCUUCAUCCAUUGGCCACAAAUGUAGCAGCUUAGCCAAAGAACAGAAGGCUAGAUUUUACAUCAUGCGCCGAUGUGUCGCAAUGCUUGUUUGUUGGCAUAAACAUGGGGAUCCAUGAACCCUUCUUCACACACCGCCGCUCAACACAAUCUUCAUUCCCCCCUCCCUUUGUUUCCUAAUUUCCUUCUUCCCAUCAGAUCAGUAAGCACAUUUUCCUUUUUUACCCCUUCUUUCCUUUUCUUUUCUUUUCUUUUAAGAAAUUUUGCUUUUCUUAGAUUCAAAAUGUAAUUAGAUAAUUUAGAUUUUUGGGGGUUCAUGUUCAUGGAGACCUACAAUUUUUCCCCAUUACCUUGUAAUAACAUGACACACAAAUUAAAGAUUCAUAUAAUAUCUACAUUCAUUAUUACUCU